CGAAGGCCCUCCCACACUUGAGGAAACUCAGCUGAUGCAACCAAUGAUUCCUAUUUAAACGCAGUUUGAGAUCCAGCGCAUUCAUUUGGUUUACUUGAAGAGAUGUUUACAUGGAGAGGUUAGACAAAAAACGUGUAUCACUGAGUGGCGUAUUGGAGAUUGAGAAAAGGUCACAAUGGUCUAUACCCCGGCUUUGGUCUUUGGUCACGGACUGCACAUUGGGACUAUGUCUGAAGAAGACAGCUUUAUCGAGCUGAUGAGAAAGUUUCUCUAUCAAUUCACAUCAAGCGACAAAAAAGACGUGCGUCGGGGCAGCCUUGAAAGUUGCGAAUUCGUUAAGGAAAGAAGCUCAAGUAUUGACUCUGAAACAAGUCUAGACUAUGAGGAGAGACUAUUCCUGCAAGACAUGACCAGGCAGAUAGAGCUUUGUCUCUCUGACGCAAAAGAGACGAGUCUGCGUUGCCAGAUGCUGCUGCUUCCCCGCUCCCUGACUACCAAGGUCGCCCGGGAUGUAGUGCGCUCCUCGGCGGGAGAACCAUGUGGUAUCCGCGGUGCUUUCAUUAAGGUCUUUUUGGAGACAACCCCUGGCCUACAGCUCCAGAUGCUGGGUACUGUCUCACCCGACCCAACAGUUACCCCUACGUUUGAGCUGUCCAUUGUGUUCAAGCUGGAUAAAGAAGGCUGGCCGCCAAUAUUUGUUACCCACAAGAAGGUGUUGAAACUACAACCCCAAUAUCGGCUAGUCAAGAAGAAACUGUAUUCCUCAGCGAGUCCAGUCAUUCUUGAGUUUAGCUAAAACUGAGAAAUGUAGGAAAUGACAUAUCGUUCUAUUUUCAUUGAGAAGCAUACUAAGUAUAUGUCAGUGCACACUACUGUAUUAGAGAUAAGUUUUGAUGAAAGUUGAGCUCUGUAAAUGCACUAGAACUUCUGAGAAACAUUUUGUAUUGUUUGUCAGGGAAUGGUUGCCUUACGACGGGGGGAUAUAAGGACCAUGGGCUGAUUCCAGUGGAAAGCCUUUUCCAGGGGUAUUCAAGUCUUACCCUCCAAGGGCUGGAGCCAGCCAAUUUUCUGUUCUACCUCUCCAUUAUUUACACCCACCUGGUGUUGCAGGUCUAAUAAAGUCCCUGACUAGAGGGUUGCAUUGAUAGAAAAAAGACAUGGAACUGGCUUCCAGGUCCAGAGUAGAGUUUAAUUAAGCCAGUGGAAGUAUAUAUAUUUUUUGGGGGUGGGGCGGUUAAAAUAUAAGACUAGAUUUAAAACUGCUCUUUUGUGGCCCUAAAUUAAAUAUACAUUACAAAAUGCCAGUCAUAAAUCAUACAUUACAUAACUAAUAUGACCUUCCAUUGAAUUCUCACACUAAAGUUUGUCCCCCCCUACCCAAGCAGUUUUAUAUGGUUAAGAUUUGAGUGAACCUAGCUUAAGUUAGAAUAGUCCACAGAAUGUAUGUUAUUCUGCUUGUUAUGGCAUAUCGAGGGAUGUAUUACCAAGUACUCUACAAUGUAACUCAGGGAUAGGUUGUUUUUUUUGCACAUAUUCUUUAUAAUUGCACAAUUUUGUAUUUUAUUUUUAUCAUAGAAACCUGAUGUGAAAAUGUGUGGAAAGCAAGCUGGUAUUGCCACUUAACAUGUUAGAAUGUUCCUUUGUUGCAGUGUUGUCACACUAAUAAAUAUUCAAUAUAUUUUUUGCAGU